GCAUUUUUCCUCUCCAGCUGGUAACCCCGAUGCUUUACAAAACCCACACAGGCUGGAUUUCCAUCGAAAAAUUGUUCCAAUCUCGACGCCAAUCCACCACACUGCCACCUCAGCCACCAAGCCCAGUCUACCAGUGAUUAAACCACAAAGAGAAUACUCCAAAUGAUUACCCGACGCCUGGGAAGAGCUGGACUUGGGCAAUCAGUAUUUUAGUCCGAUCACUGGAAAUCAAUGGUUCUCAGAUCUGAGGGCCAACCUUUUCCACCAUUAGUGGACUUCUUGAGCUUGAAUCGAAGCUUGGUUUGGACUGAAAUUUGCUCGUUUGUAAAGUAUGAAGGAACCCACUUUGACAGCAACUUUCAGGCAAAGUUGAAGGUCACCGACAGCCACCGUUGAGCAAAUUCCAGAUGUGAUUGACCAUGGUGACCUGAGAUAAAAAAGAGCUAGCUAGCUUCUUUUGCUUGGUAUACAAAGUGAAGUGGGUGGGUGGGUCGGGGUGUGUGUGUGUGUAUACAUAAAUAAAGGUUCCAAUAUGGAGUUUGUUUCAAAGUUAACCCACUUGGCUUUGGGUGUUACUGCUUUGUUUAUUGUGGACCCUGUUUUGGGUUAUAGACAUUGGGAAAGGUCUAAUGUUGAGGAAGUGAGCAACGGUGGAAGUGAAGAUCUUGUAACUGACUUGCCUCGCCAGCCUCAUGUAGACUUCCAGCAUUAUGCCAGCUAUGUGACGGUGAACCAAACACAUGAAAGAGCUCUUUUUUAUUGGUUUUAUGAGGCUGCUUUUAACCCAGAUGGCAAACCUUUGGUUUUGUGGCUUAAUGGAGGUCCUGGGUGCUUUUCUAUGGGAUAUGGAGCAACACAGGAGAUAGGACCUUUCUUGGUUACGGAUAGUGAUGGAAUUCAAUUUAAUUCCUUUUCAUGGAAUACAACUAUUGAUGCUUACAUUUUCCUGCACAACUAGUUCCUUAAGUAUCCAUCAUACAGAAAUCGAACCUUCUACGUUGCUGGGGAGAGCUAUGCAGGUCUUUUAUGUCUUAACCAAUUCCCCCUUGUUUCAGUUUAAAAUAUAUAUAUAUAUAUAUAUAUAUGUGUGUGUGUGUGUGUGUUCAAAAGAAGAAAAAAAACCCAUAUAUAAUUUAUAUAUACAUACAUACAAAUAUAUUCAUUCUAUAUAUGUAUUUGUCAUAGGAAAAUAUGUCCUAGAGCUCGCUGAGCUAAUCUAUGACAAUAACAAAGACCCGUCCCUUCAUAUUGAACUUAAGGGUAUUCUGGUAUGUA